AAAUAAGCUUUUGAAAUAAUAUAAUUCAAGAAACCACCCCACCCCCACGUCAUGUGACGAAAGCAAGCGCGGGUAAUUCGGAAGUAACACGCGAAACAGACUGUAAUACAUCAAAACGGUGCUGUUUUUCGAGGGUUAAGACAGACUAGAAGAGCAGGAAAUGAGAUGGAGAGCUACCUCUGCUGCAAUCUGAGCACAGCUCCUCUCUCCGCAGCUGCACAGAGCAUCAUAGCAGCCCUUCGGGUCCAGUAUGCGCAUAGGGGAGAAAGAAACGGAGCUACCUUGACUUCUAGAGGGUUCAGACUGUCUCAGCAUCAAGGCAGAGAUGACAGAAAUCAAGAGUUGUACGGAGACUUGGACUUAAAUAAUCUGGCAGAAGAUUCAAACCACUUCAAGCUAAGGGAUGUGACCAGUAAUGAGAGCGUGGAGAGCCUUCAGAUUAGACCAGACGUUAUGACAGAAGCAGAGAUCCAUAAACUGACCUUCGGUAAGAGGAAGUGGAUUCAACCAGCAAGCCCCACUGGAAAAGGCCCAGUAUGUUGCAAUCAACAUGAGGCUCCCCCAGUGAAGAAGAUCAGCUUUAGCCAGCUUACGUUGCUUACUAACAACUGUCAUCCAGCAUCCGAAGAAGAGUGCAAAAGGAUUAAUAUUGUGGACAAUCAGAGUAAGAAUGGACAGAUAAACCAAUUUUGGAGCUGUCAAUCAGGGUUGACAGAGAAAGAUAACGGUGAUUCUGUUUGUGAGGAAACCUCAAAAGAGGCCAGAGCUGCCAAAGCUGUGUUCAUACAAGUGCAGCAUAAUACUUUUAUAUCUAAUGCAGAGAAACCAACAUCUAAAUAUAAGGAUCUGGAGACCAGCCAUUGCUGGCAAGAUAGUAGAAACUCUGAAUUGUCAGCUCCAGUGGAAAGUUGUGCACAUGCCAAAAGAUGUGGGAGCAUCUCUCUCCUUGAACGUGUGCAAGACACACCUGUUAGGUCAGGUGAAAUACUGGACUCGGAAAGGGAGAAAGAAGACAGCGACUCUGAAAGACAAGAUAUUACCAAGAGCAGAACUGGUUCUCCCCAGCCAGAUGAGAAUACAAUACUGAUGCCUGUUGAAGAGAGAACUGGAAAGAUGGAGUCCACAGUACAUCACACCAGUGGUGGUGUGCAGCACAGCAUCCAGCCCCACUCUCAGGCUGGUGAGGUGAAAUCAUUUCUAAAGCAUAUUGGAAAAUGGGAACCCUCUGGACCCUUACAGGAAGCUCCUAAGAUCACUUCAUCCCAGGAGUUGUGCAAAAAUACACUUAGAAACCCAACGGUCCUACAUGCAAAAGUAAAGGGCUCGGUGCAGCUCUUAAAACAACCAAAAGCUCCACGGCCUGGUGUCAAGAGGCAGAGACAUCCCCUCAGACGCCAGAAAGAAUCUAAGAGUCAAGGAUGCAAUAAACCGAAUAACUUCAAACACCUCAAGCCCUCCGAUCCAAGUCUGUCAGGAUCCAAAAUAAGCUAUCAGAUGUCUUCAGAAACAGAUAGAAAAGAAGAUGGAAACACAACAACCUUUAGAGGGGCUUUUAGUCUGAUCUCUGAUCCCAGGGUGUGCGACACAGGGCGUCUCUCACAAGAGGAUAGAGAAUUUAUGUUGGAGGAGGUUGGAAAAGCGAAAGCAUUAGUUGUUACCAUGGUAUACCAAGACGGCACAAUACAACUGGACCCAGAACAGAAGCUGUACCCUGCAGUGUGUGGCCUGCUGGUUUUGCUGAAGACUGAUUUGGACUCAGAGGGACUACAGGACAGACCACCAGAGAGGGUGCUGUUCCUCAAACUAGAGCAGACACCAGCCUGGGCCCAACAAGACUUUACACAAAAGCAGGAUGCCUUUACCAGAGAGCUGCUGCUGCAGAUGAUGUGUGGCACAAAGCCGUUUGUGUGCUUUAAAGCUAAAGACCUGCUUCGCACAGCAUUGAGACACUUUAGCAGAGACCUGAGCUGGAAACAAGUGUUGGGGUGUCAAGUCAUGGAUCCUCAGAUUGCUGCGUGGUUGUUAGAUCCUGGCGACUCUGCUUCCUGCUUUCAGACCCUGCUUUCCAAACACUACAGACAUCCAGUUAUGCCCACACUGCAACCUGUGCUUGGGCAAGCCAAGGUGACUCAAGCAAUCUCAAAUUUGGCUCUCCUACACAAGCUAAUGGUGGAACUACAAAACAAGCUUCAGACUCGGGGGCUGUGGCAGCUCUAUUCUGGCAUAGAACAAAAGAUGAUUCCAGUUCUGGCAGGUCUGAGCAAACAGAUUCUAGAGAUAACAAAGUGAAUGACUUCGCUUACAGAAUCUCAUCAUACUACAUAUCCAUGAUCUAUUCACUUCAUGAUAUAAUCGUAAUGAUUUUGUUUUCUAUUUUUACUUGAAAACAGUGGUGUAACUUUGUUUUGAAAAGUAUGUGGGACAGGAGUGUGUGUGUGUGUGUGUGUGUGUGUGUGUGUGUGUUCUUGUAUUCAUGGAUUAUGAGGACACAUGUGUAUAAUGACAUGGGUAUUGCAACGUAAACAUGGUUUAUGAGGACACUUCCUGUGUCCUCGUAACCAAAUGGCUUAAAAAAUAUACUAAACAGUGUUUUUUUUUUUAAAUUAAAAAAAAAUGUAGACAGUUUCCUGUGAUGGGUAGGUUUAGGGGUAGGGGGAUAGAAUGUACAGUUUGUACAGUAUAAAAACCAUUACGUCUAUGGAGAGUCCCCGUAAACCACAUAUACAAGUGUGUGUGUGUAUGUGUGAGAGAGAGAGAGAGAAAAAAAAAUAAGACUACGAUGUCCAGAAAUCAAUUUCAGUAGUACAUUGAGUUUAAUUUAAUGACAUAGAACUCCUGUUUAUUGUGAUAGUUUCAUCCUUACAUCUACUAUAAUACAAUAUGUUGUUAGACCCAAGAUUGUUCACGUUGGUGAAUAAAUAGAUCCGCUAUUAGCAUUCGUGAGUUUAAAUGGUCUGGUGGUAGAACUUUUGUUAAGCAUGCUAGAGGUUCUGAAUUAUAAUUCGCACUUAUAUAAUUUUUUUUUCCUCUCAAUGUUCAGUGAUUGUAAAUCAAGAACAGGGACACGUUUCUGUGCAUUUUAUUUUGUGAUUUCAACGGAACGAAUAGAGGGUCUCCACAACGGUUAGCGAUAGAUUGGAGCGCUCGUCUGUGCACGAAACACUACCACUGAUAACAGCGGCAACAAGCACUCAGCAUGAUUAUAAAAACAACACAUUCAAGCACCAGAUUGACUCUUAUUUAACUCUGCUAGUCAACUAGAGAUGUUUAAUUUGUAUUACAUACAUCUGUACCGCAAGAUGUUUCAAAAAGUGGUGGGGACAUGUCCCACCUGUUCCACCAGCAAAUUACGCCUAUGCUUGAAACAGUUCCAAAUUGUUUUUUACUGUAUGUCACAGACGUUUUUUUUCAUCAGUGUGUUCACAAUCAAAUAUGUUUUUGUGAAAUCUUGAAAUUGCCACAUAUUUGAAUUUGACCAACUGUUUCAGAUCCUGUCAUACAGAAUUUUUGAAUGCAGUUUUGUAUUUAAUCAGGUAAUUUGUGACUAAUCCUUCUUUAAUUCUCUAAUUUUUCAGCUACUUAAUUUUUUUUAUUUGCAGUGUUCAGUUAAACCUUUAGUCCAGCGCAUUCAUUUCCUUUCUAUCUUUAAAUUUUCAUUUCACUGUCUGAAACGAAACACUAUUUCAGAAGGAAGCUAUAUAUCACUGCUUUAAAGUACCCCUGCAGUCAAUAAUUUUAUCCCUUAAAACUUAUCUUUGAUAAUCAAAAUGACAUAUUUAAACUUUUAUAUUAAAAGCUUUUUUUCAUGUGAAAAUAAUUUCUUUAUGCCUUAAAAUAGCUUGAAUGUAACUCUACGCCCUUGCUUCAUUUAGUAUGCUGUUACAUUAAUAUGCAAAUUAGUCCACUCAUUUACACCAGCUCGGACUACCUGAUCCACUCAGUCAUCUCUAGUAAACGCUACACAAUGGCAAGUGGAAAUAUUGGCUUAAUUGAGCAAUAUAUGUUUGAACCAGAAACUGAUUCAGAAGAAGAAGAGGAACAGUGAAUUAUACAGGGUCGUCUUCUCUACAAGUCGAUAUAUCUGAAUGGUAAUGCGUUUUAUGCAUUGCUCGGACAUGGUUUAUUACAACGUCAGACACUGUAAUUGAUAUGAUUAGCCUUAGGCUUGACUAUGUUAUGAAAUGGCUAAUAAUGUAUUGCUAAUGUUAUACAAACCAUGUUCCUGUUUGCCAUCUCAGAGUCAGACUGCUGCCUUCUAAACAUCAGCAUACUUAGAAACGCUUUGAACAGCAUAGAAAGUGAUUAGUUAUGUGAUUGUGAUAAUAGGAAACGGCCAGUUUCAAACGCCGGUUUUGAGACUGUCUUUGGCACACUGCAGUUUUACUCAGCAAUGGUUGACUGAUGGUUUGCUCAUGCUUUGUCUUAAAGCGUAUUAAAAACUCUGUAUAAACAACAUUAAAAACUUGAUUUUCACCUCAGGAGGUCUUUUGCAUUUACAAUGAAGCUAAUAAUUUUGAGGUGCUGCUUUAACAUUGUUCUCGCUCUCUUAGCAAUGGAGAGCUAUAAAAUUAAUGUGGACAAGGAGACCUUGAAAAAGACUUCAGAAAUGUUGGGGGUAAGAGUUUGUGUUUGUAAUUUUAUAAACAACUAUAAAAAGUGAUUUUCUCAAGCCUAUCUGCCCUGAGGGGGAAUGGAGAGUCUGUUAUAUAUAGUUAAUAUUAAUGAGUAGAACAUUACUUUCUCUUAAACUUCUCUCAUAUCACUUAUCUUCUCAUUCUCUCUCAUGAGUGUACAUAUAUUGUUUUCUCUAGUGCUUUGUCUAUAUUAAUUUCAUAAACUUUUACACUUUUCACGCUUCCUCCUCUUCUAUCGUUUUUCUAAAUCUCUCCCAUCCUUC